GCAAGUAAACCUGCGGUGUUUCCAACACAACAAACGCUACAACCCUUGUAGGUUUCAGAGGAAAACACACGACACGAGCCGGAGGCAACAAGGCGCUCAGGUCCAUGGAGCCUCACGUCCUCCUCGUGUCCUUCCCUAUGCAGGGCCACGUCAACCCGCUCCUCCGCCUCGGCCGCCGCCUCGCCGCCACGGGCCUCCUCGUCACCUUCACCACCGUCCGCCUCGCCGCCGGCGGCGGCCGCCUCCGCGACGUGCCGGAGGACGGCGCGUGCGCCGACGUCGGGCUCGGCCGCCUGCGCUUCGAGUACCUGCGCGACGACGACGACGACGGCGACGAGCGGUGCCAGCAGCUGGCGCCCAACGACGUGCUGUCGCACGUCACGGCCGUGGGGCCAUCGGCGCUCGCCGAGUUCAUCGACGGCCAGGCCGACGCCGGCCGGCCGGUGACGUUCGUCGUGAACAACAUCUUCGUGCCGUGGGCGCUCGACGUCGCCGCCGGGAUGGGCAUCCCGUGCGCCAUGCUGUGGAUCCAGCCGUGCUCCGUGCUGUCGAUAUACUACCACUUCUACGAGUCGCCCGAGGCGUUCCCUACCGCCGCCGACCCCGACGUGCCGGUCGAGCUCCCCGGCUUGCCGGUGAUGGCCAUGGUCGAGCUGCCUUUCAUGGUUCGUCCCGAGUACGCGCAGUGCCUGUGGGGCGACACGCUCCGGGCGCAGGUCGGGGCGAUCAAGAGGACGGUGUCCUGGGUGCUCGUCAACUCGUUCUACGAGCUCGAGCGCUCGGCCGUCGACGCGCUCCGCGCGCACACGACGGUCAAGCUCGCGCCCAUCGGCCCUCUCCUGGAGCAUGGCCAUGACAACGGCGGCGGCGACGACGGCGCGCCGGCGCCGGCGCUAGGGGCCGAGGACAACGACCGCUGCGUGGCGUGGCUCGACGCGCAGCCGCCGCGCUCCGUGGUGUACGUGGCGUUCGGCAGCCUCGUGAACAUCGGCCGCGACGAGACGGCGGCGGUGGCGGAGGGGCUCGUCGCCACCGGCAGGCCGUUCCUGUGGGUGGUGCGCGACGACAGCCGCGACCUCGUGCCGGAGGCCGUCCUCGCGGCGUGCCGCGGCGACAAGGCCGGCAAGAUCACGGCGUGGUGCCCGCAGGGGCGCGUGCUCGCCCACGGCGCCGUCGGCUGCUUCGUGACGCACUGCGGGUGGAACUCCAUCAUGGAGGCGCUCGCCGCGGGCGUGCCGGUGGUCGGGUACCCGUGGUGGUCCGACCAGUUCGCGAACGCCAAGUUCUUGGUGGAGGACUACAAGGUCGGCGUCCGGCUACCGGCGCCGGUGACCGGCGGCGAGCUCCGAGCGUGCGUCGACCGCGUGAUGAGCGGGCCGGAGGCGGCGGUGAUCCGGAAGAGGGCGAUGCAUUGGAAGCGAGAAGCGGCGGCGGCGGUUGCCGACGGCGGUUCGUCGGAUCGGAGCCUCCAGGAUUUUGUCGACCAUGUACGACGUUCCAAAGGACCGGAGGAGCUAGCUCGAUUAGCUCAAGACAUCCAGAUUAUGAAUGGGCCGGUCAAUCCGGUCCUAGUUUAAUAAAUCUAGCACAGCCCAUGUACGGUCAUGUGGGGGCUAUGACGCUAUGUAGUGUGUUAAUCUAUCUACUCCAUUAAGUUGCUGUCGAGUCUAAUCCUUGUUAUCAUAGGAUUCCAAGGCUUACAUAAAAAAACGGUGUAAAAAAUGUAAGUUUGAAGUUUGAACACUCCAAGUCAAACACGAUUACAUCGUAUUAUACGAAUUCAAUUUCGUAAAUCACAACAGAUCAUAUAAAAAUUGGGAGGUCGCUGUACC